AGAGAUUAAGGAAACUGCGCCUAAAUCGGACCCCACAAAACGCCAUCUUGGCUCGAGCGACGCAAGGAAAAAGACGGGAAUCCGGGGCCCGCUUUCCCUGGCCAUUUCGGCUCCGGUCGGAACAGUUUCCCGGGCGAUAGACAGGGAGGGAGGAGCCGGGCAUUUCUGGAAGUCGGAGAAACAACCAGUCAAAGCCAGCCAGCCUGCAUCUGAUCCAGCGAAAGAACUGGAGCAGCGGCGGACGUCGGCUCGGCUGUGCUGGAAGACGACAUUAAUUGAACACCCUCGAGCACAGACGGCGCGUGUAGCAGCAGGAGCAGUCGUGGACAUGAAUGUGAAGGUCUUCCAUUUGGGCUCGGGAAGCUGAAGCGUAUUGUAUCCCGCUCACGUUACGGUUUUUUCCCCCCUUCCUCGCUGGGAUAAGCUGUCUGUGAUACACUGGGCGUGCACAGCGCAAUAACGGAGGGAGCCAACCUGUGAUUUCAGCGACGGCUAAGCUCACAUUUAAACCCAGCUAGCAAACCGUUCUUCUUUUUUUCCGAGUGUCUCGUUAGCUUGCGGCGAAGGGGAGCAUCUUGGUGGGUAAGGGGAAGGCAUCCGUUGGAUGCUGCUGAGGGGGGACUCCUGUGCCCCGGCGACAAGCACCAGUAAAGAUACAAACCCGAGGCAUGCAAAGAGGGAUGUUUUUCUGCACACGAGCGAGGAAAUCUCCACGCCCCAGGGUCUGCUCUGUGGCUACUGUUUAGCUAGCUCGCUGGCUAGCCCUUCUACCAGGAGAGUAGCUCAGGAGAAGGUGGGGCCGCGGAGUGACAGCCUUGGACGCCAGCUAAUGUGGCUAGCCGGCUAAGUUGGGCACACGUUCGUUUUUCCCCGUUUACCACAUUGUGCCCGUGUGUGCGUGUUUGUGGGGUUUAAAAAAUACAAAGUGUGUGUGUGGACUGGCACAGCUGUAAGCCCAUUCAGCAAGAAAUUACGUUGUCAUUGAUCCCUUCGGAGCCCGUGUUGUGGGUGGGAUAUCUUGAGGAGAGCAUCCUCGUUUACCUGAAUGACCAUGGCGGACGACGACGUGCUGUUCGAGGAUGUGUACGAGUUGUGCGAGGUGAUUGGCAAGGGUCCCUUCAGCGUGGUGAGGCGCUGCAUCAACAGGGACACCGGCCAGCAGUUUGCUGUAAAGAUUGUUGAUGUGGCCAGCUUUACCUCCAGCCCUGGCCUCAGCACAGAAGAUCUGAAGCGAGAGGCGAGCAUCUGCCACAUGCUGAAACACCCCCACAUCGUGGAGCUGCUGGAGACUUACAGCUCCGAUGGCAUGCUCUACAUGGUCUUUGAAUUUAUGGAUGGUGCAGACCUGUGUUUUGAAAUCGUGAAGCGAGCUGAUGCUGGGUUUGUGUACAGCGAAGCAGUGGCCAGCCACUACAUGAGGCAGAUUCUGGAGGCACUUCGAUACUGCCAUGACAACAAUGUGAUUCACCGUGAUGUAAAGCCUCACUGCGUGCUCCUGGCCUCAAAGGAGAACUCUGCUCCAGUGAAACUCGGAGGCUUCGGAGUGGCGAUCCAGCUGGGAGAGUCUGGUUUAGUAGCCGGAGGUCGAGUGGGCACGCCCCACUUCAUGGCCCCAGAGGUGGUGAAAAGGGAGCCUUAUGGCAAACCGGUAGAUGUGUGGGGAUGUGGAGUGAUCCUCUUCAUUCUGCUGUCCGGCUGCCUGCCUUUCUACGGCACCAAGGAGCGCUUGUUUGAGGCUAUCAUCAAAGGGAAAUACAAGAUGAACCCGCGCCAGUGGGCUCACAUCUCUGAGAGCGCCAAGGACCUGGUGAGGCGCAUGCUGAUGCUUGACCCUGCUGAGAGAAUCACUGUCUAUGAGGCUCUCAACCACCCCUGGCUGAAGGAGAGGGACAGGUAUGCCUACAAGAUCCACCUGCCCGAAACAGUUGAGCAGCUGAGAAAGUUCAACGCCAGGAGGAAGCUGAAGGGUGCAGUGCUGGCUGCUGUUUCCAGCCACAAGUUUAAUUCCUACUAUGGUGACCCCCCUGAGGAGCUCCAUGAUUUCUCAGAUGAUCCCACCUCCUCAGGACUGCUAGCUGCUGAAAGGGCAGUAUCACAGGUUUUGGACAGUCUAGAGGAGAUCCAUGCAUUGACAGACUGCAGUGAGAAAGAUAUGGACUUCCUGCACAGCGUCUUCCAGGACCAGCACCUCCACACUCUGUUAGAUCUUUAUGACAAAAUCAACACCAGAUCGUCCCCUCAGAUCAGAAAUCCUCCAAGUGACGGAGUGCAGAGAGCCAAAGAGGUACUGGAAACCAUCUCCUGUUACCCAGAGAAUAUGGAGGCCAAGGAGCUCAGGAGGAUCCUCACACAGCCACACUUCAUGGCUCUGCUGCAGACCCACGAUGUGGUGGCACACGAGGUGUACAGCGACGAGGCGUUGAGGGUGACUCCCCCGCCUACUUCACCGUACCUGAACGGAGACUCCCCAGACAGCACCAACGGAGACAUGGACUUGGAAAAUGUCACCAGGGUUCGGCUGGUUCAGUUUCAGAAGAACACAGAUGAGCCCAUGGGCAUUACUCUGAAAAUGAACGACCUCAACCACUGCAUUGUGGCCCGCAUCAUGCAUGGUGGGAUGAUCCAUCGACAAGGGACUCUGCAUGUAGGAGAUGAGAUCCGGGAGAUUAAUGGCAUCAGCGUUGCUAAUCAGACGGUAGAACAGCUCCAGAAGAUGCUGAGAGAGAUGAGGGGAAGCAUCACCUUCAAGAUUGUGCCCAGUUACCGAUCCCAGUCAAUGUCUUGUGAGGUACAAAACUAUCAGUGCACACAUUUUGUUUCACAUGCAUUGUGGGGAAUUAAAUCCUUAGGUUUCUAUUUCCCGUUGCAGAAAGAGUCUCCGGAUUUAUCUCGACAGUCACCUGCAAAUGGUCAUGCUAGUGUGACCAGCUCCAUCCUGGACCUGCCAUCGACUAUUCAGCCUAAAGGCCGUCAGAUCUGCAGACCUGCUAUCAAGGACAAAUUGUCCAUCAAGAUUUAUGUACGCGCUCAGUUUGAGUACGACCCGGCAAAAGACGACCUCAUCCCAUGCAAGGAGGCCGGCAUCCGCUUCCGGGUAGGUGACAUCAUUCAGAUCAUCUCCAAGGAUGACCACAACUGGUGGCAAGGAAAGCUGGAGAACACCAAGAAUGGCACAGCAGGACUCAUCCCCUCACCUGAACUGCAGGAAUGGCGUGUGGCAUGUAUAGCAAUGGAGAAGACCAAACAGGAACAGCAGGCCAGUUGUACCUGGUUUGGCAAGAAGAAGAAACAGUACAAAGACAAAUACCUGGCCAAGCACAACGCAGUGUUUGAUCAACUAGAUCUGGUAACAUACGAGGAGGUGGUUAAACUGCCGUCAUUUAAGAGAAAAACGCUGGUUUUACUUGGUGCACACGGAGUUGGUCGGAGGCACAUCAAGAACACGCUGAUCACCAAACAUCCCGACCGCUUUGCCUACCCUAUUCCUCACACAACUCGGCCUCCCAAGAAAGACGAGGAGAACGGAAAGAACUACUACUUUGUUUCUCACGAGCAGAUGAUGCAGGACAUCAGCAACAACGACUACCUGGAGUAUGGCAGCCAUGAGGAUGCCAUGUAUGGAACCAGGCUGGAGACUAUCAGGCAGAUCCAUGCACAGGGCAUGAUCUCCAUCCUAGACGUCGAGCCACAGGCGCUAAAGAUCCUCAGGACAGCUGAGUUUGCUCCAUACGUCGUCUUCAUCGCGGCUCCCACCAUCACCCCCGGCAUGACUGAGAUCCCAAAGUGGUGCAGGAAACUGCCUGACGAAUCUCUUCAGCGGCUACAGAAGGAGUCGGAGAUGCUGCAGCAAACCUACGCUCACUACUUUGACCAGACCAUCAUCAACAACGAGAUCGACGACACCAUCCGCCUGCUGGAGGAGGCCGUGGACCUGGUGUCCACCACUCCUCAGUGGGUUCCCGUCUCCUGGGUCUACUGACAUACACUCAACGGCAACUCGCUCAUCGCCCUCGACGAUCCAUCUCCGAUUCAACGUGGAAUCUAAACUCUGAAUCACAUCUCUCAUCAGAAUCGCAUUUCUGUAGAUAAACUGUUAUUGAAGAAGAGAGAAACAAAGAAACUAAUGACUGAUGUCUCAUUACCGAGACUUCUUCAUCCUCCUCCUCGCCCCUUUUCUCAACAGCCUGAAAGGCAUAGUGUAAAUAUAUACAUAUAUAUAUAUAAAUGACUAAAAAACUAAGUGAAUAUGGUUCUGUCCUAAUAUAGUUGAAUGGUGGGGAGUGGUGGGGCAGUGUAGUAGAUAUUUUGUACUUUUUCUUUUGUAAUUGAUGAUGGAUGGUAAUAUUGGAAAGACAAUAGCAAGCAUGACCAUAAAGCAGUCUUAUGGGGUUGCCUGUGUGCGUGUUGACCUUUUAAAGCACUCCUUGUGGUACUCUGUUCUCCCCUCUAAUCUCCUCGGCUCCUGUGACAAGCAGGCCGAACUCUGAAGCACAUUAGAAGCUGCUAUAGUGGCGACAACCGAUUCCCUCAGCUCCACGUCCAAGUUAGAGUGACACGAAAAGCACAGGAAACUUGGCAUUUUCUUUCUCCCUCAGCUCUUAUUUAUUUUACCGGCCCUCUGUGCCUUUCAGUUUGUUGAAUGAGCACACUUGCACCCCUCUGUCGUCUCUCCUCGUGUUGCUGUAGCCUGACGUCCUAUGCUUCCUUCCCCAGCCUUUGAUGGUCUUUGUUUACAUCUCAGUUUGCACAAAAUGGACAAUGAAGAAAACGCGUGCUGCAUUCUGUCAUCUCGGUUUUCACGACGUCUCGCCUGCUCUUCUCUGGCUGUCUUUACUCUGCUCCCUUGUACACAAAAUGCGAAUCGGUGGACCUAGAAGUUCGUUUUUGAGACGUUACCAGCUAUGAAAAAAAUAAAGAAAUAAAAGCACUGACAUUCACCACUAAACACGACUCCUGAAGUGGAAGCAAAAACAACAACGGUAAAAAAAAAUAAAAGAAAAACUGCCUUAUCAGAGCCUUGGGGAAGAAGUGGCUAACACCUAUGCACACCCCUGUUUUCUGCAAGGCAGACCGGCGCCACGACAACCAUUUUCUUCUCUCCUAACACUCAGUGAGCCAUGCUUGUUGAAAUGUUUGUGUGGAAGGACAGGGCUUCGCGUAGGUGAGAUCGGUCCAAUCGUAGAGCCACCAUUUUUGGAACUGUUAACUGUUGUCUUCAAAAAUAUUUAAAAAAAUAAAUAAAGGAGAAUUCUUGUUUUUCUGGGGGGAGAGAAAAUUAAAAUUUUGUGUGUAAAUGUUUCAAUGGUGCGUACGUCAUGAGUGAAUUACCAAGAGCCAGUGUAUAUUAACCCUUAAAAGAAGCUCAGUAUGUGACAUAACCUCCUCAUGCUUUACCACAAGUGGCACAACACACUCCUACAUGUAUGGCACAUCAGUUGAAGGCUCGAGGAGUGGAAAACAAUAAUGAUAGUAAUAAUAAAAAAAGUCAAUAUUCCAAGCUGUGGUUUGGCUGCCGUUGUGCCACUUUGAGUAAAGUGUCUUCAUUUCAAGUCCUGUGUAAAUUACCUCUGCAAAUGAGAAAAGCAGCUCUUCUGUAUGAAAUGUUGUUCUUUUUUGUUAUUUCAUUUUUAAAAAAAAAUAUAUUUCCUUUUACGUGUUUAAAGUAAA